CAAAACUGAUGUAAACGGCUCUGCAAGUAAGUGAAGCUUUCGAUAGAAACAAUAAGCAGAGCUAAAAUUUUGUGAAAACUCUUUUUGUUGAAUUAUACGUCAAAGAAUGAAGCUUUCGAUGAAACGUUUGCUAACCAAAAUGAAAUCUGAAGCUUCUCAUCGACGCCCAAAACGGAGGAGACUGAGAAAGGGUACUGAAAUUCCAAGCAAAGAUUCAAUGGGGUGUUUACCAGAAGAACUGAUCGUAGCAAUUCUUGUAAGGGUUCCAGUUAAAUACCUCUUACAGUUCAAAUGCGUUUCCAAAAAUUGGUUUAAUUUGAUUUCCAGUCCUGAAUUUGUGAAAACUCAUCUUAAUUUUUCUGCUAAUGAUUACACCCGCCAUAUAUCUCUGUUACAAUUUCGGGAAGAUAUUAAAUAUUGUUCUGUUAGCUCUUUAUUUCAUAGCUCUGUUAAUGAGGCACUUGAUUUGGAUUGUCCCAUGAAAAAUCCACCUCAACGUGUCUAUAUUUCGGGUUCUGUUAAUGGGUUGGUUUGUCUUGCCGAUGGGUUUAGUGGGUUGGUGCUAUGGAAUCCAUCAAUUAGAAAGUUCAAGAAAGUGUUCGGCUUUGUGCCUACACAGAUGCGUGAAUGCUGGUCCAAGUGUGGUUUUGGAUAUGAUGAGGUUCAUAACGAUUAUAAGGUAGUGGGUAUUUUUAGUAGCAUGAUUAAGGCCAAUUUCGAGGCCGCGAUAUAUAGUUUAAAGAGUGAUUCUUGGAGAACACUUGAAGAUUUUAAACCUGGGGUGAGUUACUGUGGUGAGGCUAAAUUUGUGAAUCAUAAACUUCAUUGGAUUACAUUUCGUAGACGUCGUAUGAGCAUCACGUCUAUUGAUUUGGUUGAUGAGAAAUGGGGAAAGUUGGACCUGCCCAGCUACAACAAAGGACGAGAUUUGAAGCUUGGAGUAUUGGGAAGUGAUCUUUCGGUCCUCUGUAAUAAUGAUGAGAGAACUCACUCUGAUGUGUGGGUAAUGAAGGAAUAUGGAGUUAAAGCGUCUUGGACAAAACUGUAUACCAUCAGGUAUCCUGAGAACUAUGAGCUUUCUCCGCCCCUUUUCACGUAUAAUAAAGGUGAAAUUCUGCUCGCGUUUAAAUCAACUUUAGCGAUAUACGAUCCAAAGAAUGACUCUCUCACAUAUCCAGAGCUUCCUAAUGUUGAGGUUACUGGUUUUUACAACAGAAUUGAGGCGGAACUUUGCAUCGAAAGCCUAGUUUGUCCGGAUUUACCAAACGAAGAUUGAAAGAUGUCAGAACUCAGGUGAAUGACUGUUGUAAUAGUUAACAACCUGUUGUUGUAGAAUCAUACAUAUGUUCAGGGGAACAUAUAUACUUACUUGCUGAUGCUUUGGAAACUACUUAGGAGAAGCAGAUGCAAGUUUUUUCUUUCAAUAGCUGGCCAAAUGACUACAGGAUCAUCGGUCUACUCUACCUCAAUUCACCAAUCGAACCUUAUACAAAAGGUUUUUCCAUACUAGGAAGUAAGAUGAUAUCCCUAGGGGUAUUUUACGUGCAGAAGCUCUCUUGCUAGUAGAAGUAAGAGUAGCAAGGUUAGGACUAUACUACUAUAUGCAAAUGUCUGUACUUGUUGUAAUAGUGACGAGGAGGGAGCUAGUGUGUUAUAGUGCACCUCACCUUCCGAUUUGUUGUUUAUCGAUCAGAAUUCAGGUCACUAAGGACUCUUCAGGUACGCGUUUGUAGGAGAACCGCGGGUUGUAAAAACUCUAUGAUGUUAGUUAAUUUUGUUGAAGGAUGCAAGAAACGCUCAUACAUUGAACAGAAAGUUAAACUUGUUAGUUGGAAUGUAAUCAUACAAGUUUAUGCUC